GGAACGUUCUAGAAUUUCGACCACACACACACGCUCGCAGCUGCCGUUUCUCGAAGCUCUACGAGGAAACGUCGCCAUUCGUUUCGCUGCUCGCUGUUCGGCCGUCCGCUGCCCGGGUUGUUCAUUUCUGUCGAGCACGUUGUGGUGCACCAACCACACACAGCAAACAAUCGACCAUUUUGCGUUUUCCACCGAAACACGCCAGCCUGACUGCGCAACUUUGUUAAUUGCAUUCAUUACUAGGAUUCAAUAAGGCACCGCCAUGGUGAAAGAAACAAAAUUCUACGACCUGCUCGGCGUUAAGCCAAACUCGACGCCCGACGAGCUGAAAAAGGCCUACCGAAAGCUUGCGCUUAAAUAUCACCCUGAUAAGAACCCGAAUGAGGGCGAGAAAUUCAAGCAGAUCUCACAGGCGUACGAGAUCCUCUCCGAUCCGGAGAAGAAGCGCAUCUAUGACCAGGGUGGCGAGCAGGCGUUGAAGGAGGGCGGCGGAAGCGGCGGUUUCUCCAGCCCCAUGGAUCUGUUUGAUAUGUUCUUCUCCGGCAGCGGAUUUGGUGGGCCGCGUGGUGGGAGGCGUCGUGAUCGUCGCGGCAAGGACGUCGUGCACCAGUUGACCGUGACUCUGGAGGAGCUGUACAAGGGCGCCGUGAGGAAGCUCGCACUGCAGAAGAACGUAAUUUGUGAUAAAUGCGAGGGACGCGGCGGUAAGAAGGGCGCUGUCGAGACGUGCAACACUUGCGGCGGCAGCGGAAUGCAAGUACAAAUACAACAACUAGGACCAGGCAUGAUUCAGCAAAUUCAAACGAUGUGUAGUGAAUGUCGCGGUCAGGGCAAGCGCAUCAACCCGAAGGAUCGUUGCAAGACGUGCAACGGCAAGAAGGUGGUGCGUGAUCGCAAGAUUCUCGAGGUGAACAUCGAUAAGGGUAUGACAGACGGGCAGAAGAUCACUUUCAGUGGUGAGGGUGAUCAGGAGCCGGAGCUGGAGGCCGGUGAUAUCAUCAUCGUGCUUGAUGAGAAAGAGCAUCCGGUGUUUAAGCGCUCAGGGAAUGAUUUAAUCAUUCGACAAGAACUACAGCUGGUGGAGUCGCUCUGCGGCUUCCAGAAGGUGAUCAAGACACUUGACUGCCGCGAUUUGGUCUAUACCAGCUCACCGGGUGACGUGAUCAAGCACGGUGACGUCAGAUGCAUCAUCGACGAAGGUAUGCCACAGUAUAAGAACCCGUUCGAGAAGGGACGCCUGGUGGUGCAGUUCCUCGUCGAGUUCCCGACUCAGAUCGACCCGCUGAUGAUUCCGCAGCUGGAGGCAUGCUUGCCGCCGCGUCAGGAGCAGAUCAUUCCGGACGAUGCGGAGGAGUGUACGCUGUCACCGUUUGAUCCUGAGGCGGAGGCGAGGAGGCGCCAGGCUAGAAAUGUCUACGAUGAGGACGACGAGGGUGGCCAUCCGAUGGGCGGGCAGCGGGUGCAAUGCGCAACCAACUAAAUCAAGUUUUUUCUUAAUUUAAUUUACUCAUGAUUAUAGUUGCUAGGAACGAUUUUAGGUUGCGAAAAUAAGGUUUUCUACACCGUGAACUCACGCACGCGCGUGCGCCGUUUCGGCGCUGUGUGUGAAAUAAUUGCAAAACAUGAUUUUAUAAGGAUUCAUGACGAUGAUGAUUGAGGAAAAAUUGAGUUUAUUAGCCCAGCAACCCUCCCGCACUUUCGGUUGACUAACGUUGUAACAUACAUAUUCCAAAAAAAACAAACGAAUACCACCAACUAAUCUACAGAUCCUGAAACCCACCGAGUGGAUUAUGUUUAUAUUUAUUGAAUUAAUAAAUAUUUUGUAGCAUUGUAAUCUACGUUUUCCUUCUGAAAUAUGUUAGCGUGAUAUGGCUGUCCGCUCUUUAGACAUUAUGGCAAUGGCAUUUACAGUAGGGUUGUAAGGAAUAAGUGUAAACGAAUAAAAUUAAAUUAAUUCCA